AUGUCCUGCCAACCCUUCACCGCGGUUCCCCAACCACCCACCACACUCCCCUCCUGCGCGGUACCUGUCGGUGGCUCCAAUUCCUCGAUCCUAGACGCAUGCUGUAAUGGCCACAUCAACGCCAUCGCCACAUACUCCGCCCCCGACACAACCACAUCGUCACCUUCAACAUCUUCAACACCGGUCAUUGUCAAUUCCGAAGACAACGACGGCUGCUUCCAGUACUGCAUCACCGACUCUCCAGACAUCGUCCAAAGUUGCUUGGCACAGAAAAUGGAGGAAUACGAGAAGGACAGCGCGAGUGGUAUGGGUAUCUUUGGCUGCUUCAAUACAGAUAAGGCGGUUGGUGCGAAGAGGAACGAUGACGAGGCAGGAUAUGCUAGUGCCGGUAUGAGGAUCAGUGGAGGUAGGAGUUGGAUGGUCUCAGCCUUGCUCGGUCUGAGUGUUCUUGGUGCUGUUGUGGGAGGACUGUGA